GGAAAUGGCCUCGCGGAGUUGCGCUCCAGGGAUGGAUUCCUCGCGAAUGAUUGCUGUUUCCUUGCGAAAUAUCGCCGAUCGAUGAGAUUCUAGGGGCGACCGCGGGAUGGGGACGCUCUCCAACGAAGAUCUUGCGCGAUUCAUAGCUCCUUGCGGCGGCGGCGGCACCGAGCGCGAGGUGGAGGUGAGCGCCGAGAACAAUGUGAGUGCUAGCUCGGAGGUUCCAGUCGGGCUGGAGCUGGACGACUCGGAGCUCCUCUUCAUCGAGGAGCUAGCUGGGAACAGGGAUUACUUCGACUCGGAUGAAUUCUUCCGGCUGGAAUACGGCUCCAGCAAGUCGUGCAUCGAUGUCGAGGGCCGGAAUUUCAAGGAUAUCGAUCAGGUCGAGCCGGAGGACCUGGAUUUUGCGUGGAAGGGCGGGAGGGAUGAUAGCUGCUUGGAGGACAAGGAUAGGCAGCCGGCAGGAUCUUCCAAGGACUCCAUUCCCAGAGUUCCAUUUUACAAGAUGUACGCUUUUGCUGAUCCUCUUGACUAUCUUCUCAUGGCGAUUGGAACACUGGGAGCUGUGGUGCAUGGGCUUGCGGUGCCCGUGUAUUUCUACUUUUUUGGGAGGCUUGUGGACGCUUUCGGGGAGAACUACGCGAAUCCAUCCAGUAUGGCAUCCGAGGUUUCAACUUACUCCUUGUAUUUGCUCUACUUGGCGCUGGUUGUUCUAGGCGCAGCUUGGCUUGAGGUUUCGUGCUGGAUGCACUCUGGUGAGCGGCAAUCUGCCAAGAUACGCAUCAAGUACCUCAAGUCGAUCCUCGUUCAAGAUGUGGGAUUUUUUGACACGGAUAUGUGUGUUGGCGAGAUUGUGAACCAGAUAUCAAGUGAUAUACUCAUCAUUCAAGAUGCCAUCAGUGAGAAGGCUGGCAACCUUAUUCACUUUCUAGCAAGAUUUAUAGGAGGUUUAGUUGCAGGUUUUGUGGCAGUAUGGCAACUUGCACUUAUUACAGUUGCUGUGGUUCCUGCAAUUGCUCUUGCUGGAGGUGCCUAUGCAGUUUCACUUAUCAACACUGCUGCAAAGAGCCAGAAAGCUAAUGAAGAAGCUGGAAAGAUUGCAGAACAGGUCAUUGCUCAAGUGAGGACUGUUUAUUCUUUUGGAGGAGAAGCAAGGGCCGCUAAGGCUUAUUCAGACGCCUUGCAGCCAACCUUGAGGCUUGGGAAGCGAGCAGGCCUUGUUAAGGGCCUUGGAAUUGGAGUAACUUACGGGCUUGUUUUAUGUGCCUGGGCUCUGCUGCUAUGGUACGCCGGCGUUCUUAUUCGGCAUGGAAUGUCUGAUGCUGGAAAGGCUUUUACGACUAUUCUCAACAUAGUUGUUAGUGGUUUUUCUCUCGGACAAGCGUUCUCCAACUUUCCUGCUCUUGCGGAAGGUCGGGCAGCAGCUUCCAACAUAAUACAAAUGGUGAAAAGAAGGCCGGCCAUGCUUCAUAAUCAAGGCGGACGACUUGAAGAAGUUUAUGGGGACAUUGAGCUGCGAAAUAUUUGCUUUAGCUAUCCUUCCCGACCAGAGUCUUUGGUUCUGAAAGACUUUUCUUUGAUGGUGCCUGCUGGAAAGACAAUUGCGAUUAUCGGUAGCAGUGGCUCUGGCAAAAGUACCGUGGUUUCUCUCAUCGAACGUUUCUAUGACCCGCUUUCCGGUGACGUUCUUUUGGAUGGAACAAACAUAAAAUAUUUGGAGCUUCAGUGGUUGAGAAAACAGAUUGGUCUUGUAAGUCAGGAGCCGAUAUUGUUUGCAACCACUAUUCGAGAAAAUCUGCUCUACAGCAAAGAAGAUGCAACCAUGGAGGAGUUAAUAGAAGUCUCUAAAGCUUCAAACGCACACGAAUUUAUUGAUCUCUUUCCUGAAGGCUACGAAACUCAGGUUGGUGAACGAGGUGUGCAACUUUCUGGCGGAGAAAAACAAAGGGUGGCACUGGCAAGAGCGAUGCUCAAGAAUCCAAAGAUACUUCUUCUGGAUGAGGCUACAAGUGCACUGGAUACAGGUUCGCAGCAGCUGGUUCAGGAUGCACUUGAUCGAUUUAGAGUCGGCCGAACAACAGUGGUGAUCGCUCACCAGCUUUCAACUAUCAGGCAUGCAGAUAGUAUUGCGGUUGUUCAUCACGGAAGAAUCGUUGAAAUGGGAACGCAUGAAGAGCUAUUAGCUAAAGGGGAGAAAGGUGCUUAUGCUGCGCUCUCAAAGCUGCAGGAUACUGGUCUAUUCCUAGUUCAAAUGGCCGAAAACAUGGCUACUAUCGCUACGAGAAAGUCUGGGACUUGGUUUGUAUGCAGACUAUCGGACGAGUUUUCUUCCGAAGAAAGCUGUUUUGACCUGGACCUUGGCGCAAAUCAGGCUGUUGAAGAACCGGAAGGGCCACGUCCGCCCAGACCCUCGAUCUGGAGGCUAAUGCAACUCAACAAACCGGAAUGGCCAUAUGCUUUACUCGGUACUAUUGGAGCAAUCAUAUCCGGAUGCGAGUUUCCUUUGUUUGCCUUGGCCAUCACGCAAGUUUUGAUUACGUUCUACAGUCCUGACAAGGAAUUCCUCAAGAAAGAAGUCAGCAAGUUCUCGCUCAUAUUAACCGGUUCCACCAUCUGUGUUGUUUUCAGCCACAUGCUCCAGCACUAUUCGUUUGGAGCCAUGGGUGAAAGUCUGACGAAGCGAGUGCGAGAAAUGAUGUUCCUAGGUAUUCUCAACAAUGAAAUAUCCUGGUUUGACGAGGAAGAUAACAGAUGUGGACUAGUAGCUUCUCGCCUGGCAUCUGAUGCGACAAUGGUCCGAGUCGUCAUCGCUGACCGCAUGUCCACUAUUGUUCAAAAUCUCGCCUUGAUGUUCGUGGCUUUCUUCAUUGCAUACGUUCUGGAAUGGCGCGUGGCUGUUGUCAUUACAGCGACGUUCCCACUGUUGCUCAUAGCGUUGGUUGGCGAGCAAAUGUUUCUAAAAGGCUUCAGUGGAGACCUCUCAAAAGCAUACUCGAGAGCCAGUACGGUGGCGAGCGAGGCCGUCGGAAACAUUCGCACAGUUGCUGCCUUUUGCUCCGAAAAGAAAGUCAUCGAUUCUUUUGUUCGAGAGCUCCAGGUACCGAAGCGGAAGGUCUUCCUCAGAGGUCAUGUAGCGGGUGUUUGCUACGGCAUCUCUCAGUUCUUCCUUUACACCUCGUACGCGCUGGGAUUGUGGUACAGCUCCGUGCUGAUCAAGAAAGGCGUGACAGGUUUUGCGAACGCUAUCAAGACGUUCAUGGUGAUUAUAAUCACUGCAUUCGGGGUUGCUGAGACUCUGGCCACAGCUCCAGAUUUGAUCAAAGGCAGCCAGGCAUUAUACGCAGUUUUCGAGAUCAUGGAUCGUAAGGGCCAGAUAAAUCCAAACACGCGAGCCAUGGAGAUCAGCAACGUGAAAGGCGAUGUAGACUUUAGGCACGUCGAGUUCAGCUAUCCAGCCCGCAAAGACGUGGUUAUUUUCCGGGACUUGAGCUUGAGGAUCAGAGCCGGCAAGAGUUUGGCCUUGGUUGGAGCUAGCGGCUCAGGCAAGAGCUCCGUGGUGGCUCUCAUCCAGAGGUUUUACGACCCGGUAUCCGGCUACAUCAUGAUAGACGGCAAGAACAUCAGGAGCCUCAACCUUCAGUCUCUUCGCAGGCACAUCGGCUUAGUCCAGCAGGAGCCGGCUCUCUUUUCAUGCAGCAUUUACGAGAACAUCCUCUAUGGCAAAGAGGGAGCCUCCGAGGCCGAGAUCGUGCAGGCAGCAAAGACGGCCAAUGCUCACGGCUUUAUCAGCAGCUUACCAAACGGCUACCAGACACAAGUCGGCGAGCGAGGCGUCCAGCUCUCGGGUGGCCAGAAGCAGCGAGUCGCCAUUGCUCGAGCGGUUCUCAAGUGUCCCGCGAUCCUCCUCCUGGACGAGGCGACGAGUGCGCUGGAUGCACACUCCGAGAAGCAGGUCCAGGAGGCGCUGGACCGAGUGAUGCGAGGCAGGACGACGCUCAUCGUCGCGCACCGAUUCUCGGCCAUCCGGAACGCGGACAUCAUCGCGGUCGUGCAGGACGGCACGGUGGUGGAACAAGGCAGCCCCAAGGAGCUCCUCAGCAACAGGAACAGUGCUUACUUCCAGCUCGUCAAACUCCAUGCCCGCCACCGCACGAGCAAGCUGGAAAUCUUGUAAAUCAAA